AUGGAUGGAACUGGAACUAAUACUCGUUGGUGCUCUGCACCAGGUUGCAUGUUGAAUAUAAAAAUAAUGAGACGACAUUUCUUUCGAUUUCCGAAAGAUAGGAAAAGAUGGUUAGAAUGGAUUAAAGCAUGUAAUAGAAUGGAUUUGGUGCCAAUAGGCCCAGAAUUUGCGAAUCGAUAUUAUCGGAUAUGCCAUUUACAUUUUCGAGUAGAAAUGUUUCGAAAUAUAGAAGGAAGAAUUUAUCUCAGUAAAGAAGCUGUGCCAUCAAUAUUUUUGAAGCCAUUACAACAAACAGGAGAUGGUAAUUCGUCUACGACUUUGUUCCAACCGAUUUCUUUUGUAACUAUAUUUUUGAAGCCAGAGAGCAGAAAUAGAAACUCUACAGAUUUAUCACAAUCUGAAGUAUCUGAAACGCAUCCCAUGAAACCUGACGAAAGAAAUGUAUCAUCGGCUCAAACCUUGUUGCUUGAUGUGAAGAAAGAGAAUGAUAACAGGAAUACUUCCGCGGAAAUACAAUUUAUUAAAGAAAUAGAUACGAAUACGGAAGCAAUAUCGACAUUGGCACGAAUAUUUCCAAAAGAAGAGUGCAGUAAUUCAGAUAUUAUAGAUUUAACAUCUAUAGACUCUCCAGUGCCAACAACGUCGAAAACAGUAUCGGUUUGUACACCACCAUCAAAAACAGUAUCAAUUUGUACACCACCAUCAAAAACAGUAUCGAUUUGUACAACGUCGUCAAAAACAAUUCAUACAACGCAACAAAAUGGUGACAAGACACCAAAAAGAAGACAUUGGAAUAUUUCGACACAGACACCAGAAGCUUGGAUUCGAGGGAAGAGACCUAUGGAAAAAUCUGAGAUUUGUGCCGACACAAAGCGAAGAAAAACAUUCGACAUGGAAAACGAAGAUAAUCGUCUGAACAUGGAUCAAUUUAAAACGGCGUGUACAGAUUUAUUACCACGUGAAGAAAUCGAUCCGAUACUCUCUUCGGUACACGUGAUCCGCGCGCGCGCGCACGAUAUUCGCGCGGACUCCGGCGGUGGGUUACCUAGGACACCGCGUACAUAUGAGGAAGGCCGCGUUGCGGGCGACAUUUCCGGCACAGUCGUGUCCUCGGUGACGGCGUCGACGGGGCCAUGCACGUCGACGUUCGCGUCGCGACAUCUGACUCGAGUGUAUCGUUUCGACAGUUUCCGAGUGCAUGAAGUCGAUCCGCGGAGACGAAUUGAGGAGCGCGAAACGUCGUGAGAUGUGCGUGAGAUAUUUCUUUCCGUUUUCCUGCGAACAUGCGCUGAAAGAGGGCUCGAACGCCCCUCUCUAAUGUGUGCCGCGCAAAAGAUGCUUGGAGGAUCCAUGACUCGAGCAAAAAUGUCAGCGUGAACAAUCACGGAAACCUGAGAAGUGGCGAUCCGUCACUCC